AUGUCAUCAUCCGACAAGCGCUCCAGACCCACCGCCAUGCAUUCGCUCAUGGCCGGUACGUUCGCUGGUGCCGUCGAGGGCUUCCUCACAUACCCGACCGAGUUCGUAAAGACGCAGGCUCAGCUCGCAUCGAAUGCGGCGAGCAGCAGCCAGGCCUCGUCUUCGCUCGCUGAUGCUCAAGCGAAGGUCAAAGGCACGGCAGGCUCGGUGCGCUUCAUCUCGUACGGUGCGCUGCCAGCGCACAAGCUCAACAUGGCCUCGCAAGCGGCGGCGGUGGCGCCCUCUGCGCCGACAAUGCCCAAGGCCGGUGCAUCAGCCAUGCAGAUCGUGCGCGACACCUGGCGAGCGCACGGAGUCACCGGCUUCUUCCGCGGUGCAGGCGCCAUGGUGACGGGCAACUCGGCCAAGGCUGGCGUGCGCUUCCUCACCUACGACACGAUUCAGAACCUGCUGCGUCCCAAGACCGCAUCGCAAGGAGCAGGCAAGGAGAAGCUGGGCAUGGGUCGAUCUAUCGUUGCUGGCUUCCUGGCUGGUUCGGCCGAGGCGCUGCUGGCAGUGACACCGUCCGAAGCAAUCAAGACACGCAUGAUCCAAGACUCGCUUCAGCCCAAGCAUCUGCGCAAGUACAGCGGUGGCGUGGACGCCGUGCGCAAGAUCGUCGGGGCCGAGGGUAUCGCUGGACUUUACCGUGGUCUAGGUGCUACGAUGCUGCGUCAGGGUGCCAACUCGGCGGUGCGCCUGACGUCGUACUCGGUGCUCAAGUCGAUGCAGGCCAAGGCGGGCUACGCCAAGUCGACGGCGGCGACAUUUGCGGCAGGAGCGGGCGCAGGACUCAUCACGGUCUAUCUCACCAUGCCGUUCGAUGUGGUCAAGACGCGCAUGCAGCAGUCGCCGUCGGCAGCUGCGGGCAGUGUGGCCAAGCGACCCUCGAUCCUUGCGUGCGGCAUGGGCGUUGUGCGUAACGAGGGUGUCAAGAGCCUCUGGAAGGGAACAACGCCCCGCCUCACCCGCCUCAUCUUCAGCGGCGGCAUCGCCUUCACCGCCUACGAGACUGUCAUUGGCUGGCUCAACCCCGAGCAGCCUCUCUGA